CCUCCAUGCAGCCACUCUUCACUCGUCUUCAACUCUACUUACUCGCAGCGGGCAGUCUGCUCCGUCUGGAUACUGUAGCAGCAUCAAGUUGCGCCCUGCAAGCUGUUCUCCCUUCUUCUACUAAAUGUAUUCAAAACGGGAAUAACAGUCGGGGAUACUUUUUUAUUCACAUUUUGUGGAGCCCCCUUCGGAGAAGAACUCGACACCUCAUCGUGGGGGGAGUUAAUUCACGAACUGGACACUUUGUUUCAGAUCCCAGAGGGCGAGUGGGAGGCUGUGCAGUGACAACAUGAGUCUGGUGGAUGUGAGACAGACGGCGGGGUCUCUAACCCUGUCCCUGUCCAGCAAUGACUCCAAGGAACGCUACUUUGACCGUAUGGACGACAGUGACCCCGAGUACCUCCGCAGCAGGACCAUGUCCCCAGACCUGAGGCAGGACUUUAGCAUGAUGGAGCAGAAGAAGAGGGUCACCCAGAUCCUGCAGAGUCCGGUGUUUAAAGAUGAGCUUGAAGGCCUGAUUCAGGACCAGCUGACAAAGGGCAACACUCCCACAGGUCUCCUGGCUCUGAGACAAAUCGCUGACCUGGUCAUGGCAAGCACUUUGGGAGGAGCUGGACCUUUGACGUCACCCAUCAGCGUUGGGAUGGUGACUCCAGUCAAUGACUUGUACGGCAUCGAGUCACCCUCUUUUGCUAAAGGGGAGAAACAGAGUCGCUGCAGGCUGGCUAGCCUCUACAGGCUGGUUGACCUCUUCAGCUGGGCUCGUUUUACAAGCUCCUACAUUACUGUGCGUGUCAAUAAGGAGCAGGAUCAUGUUCUCAUUGGUCCACGAGGUCUGUCCUUUGCUGAGGUGACGGCAGCAAACUUGGUAAAAGUAAAUAUAGUUGCUGAGGUGGUGGACCAGGGUUCUACUGAUCUUGGAAUCGACCACUUUGGGUUUGCUUCCCAUGCCGCCAUUUACUCGAUGCGCCCUGAUGUGAGAUGCAUCAUCCACAUACAUACCCCUGCCACAGCCGCUGUGUCCUCCAUGAAAUGUGGAAUCCUGCCCAUUUCCCAGGAGGCUUUGCUUCUGGGAGACGUUAGCAGCUUUGGUUACCAUGGCAGCUUGGACAAUAAAGAGGAGAAGGUGGAGUUUCAGAAAGCUCUGGGCCCUACUGCCAAGGUGAUGAUUCUAAGGAACCAUGGGCUGCUGGCUUUGGGAGAAACAGUAGAGGAAGCUUUUCACUACGUGUACCACUCACAGCAAGCUUGUGAAAUCCAGGUGAAUGCUUUGAGCUGUUCACGGAACCUGGACACUCUCGUGCUCCUUGAUAAGGAGAAGUUCAAACCCCUGACCCAGGGAGUGGCCGCUGCCGGGGUGGUGAUGGACAAUGAGGUCAAGUGGAAAGUGGGCGAGGCCGAGUUCGAGUCCCUAAUGAGGAUGCUGGACAACCUGGGAUACAGAACAGGUUACUCGUACAGGAACCCCAUUGUCCGUGAAAAACCCCGCUCGAAGAACGACGUGGAGAUCCCUGCCACGGUGUCAGGGAUGCCACCAGAGGACAGUGAACUCGGUCUGCGUAGCCCCUUCAAGUUUAUGGCGCAGAAACAGCAGAGAGAAAGGACCCGGUGGCUCAACUCACCCAACAGCUACUUGAGGGUCAAUGUUCCUGAACAUUCCUACAGCGGAGAUGUCAGCCCCAGGACCAAAACCAUGUGGAUGAAGUCGUCAGAGCCAGGAAACAGCAUCGGCACACCAAUAAAGAUAGAGGAUCCAAACCAGUUUGUCCCUCUCAACACUAAUCCCACAGAGGUUUUAGACAAGAGGAACCGGAUAAAAGAACAGCACAGAGGAGAGCAGAUGACUCCAGGACCAAAAUCUCAGUUAUUGUCAGGAAUCGUUGUGGACACCAUACCUGGACCGGCUUUCAUCGUUGAAGAUGAGGCGCACACUCGCUCCCUCCCACCGAAUCCUUUCAAUGAGCUGACAGAGAAGGAGCUGCAGGAAUACAAGAACACAGUAGAAAGAAAGCAGCAAGGCCAAGAAGAAGAUGAUGACGCCACAGAUGCGGAAGAGAUGACAACAUUUGAUGGUUCCACUAUCUCCCUUUCACUUUCCCCCCUUAUGACGCCAGUAAAGCAUGACGUAAUUCCCAAUGGGAAAGACCACUUGGAAGAGCUGGAGGAGGAUCUGAGCAUGGAGGUAUCCAAGCUGAGCGUGAGCACUUCGGAUACGGUGGAAAUCUCAAUUACAUCGAACGAGAAGACAGGGGAAGCUCAGACCCCAGAGAGCCAGACCAAGUCCCCAAAGAAAAAGAAAAAGAAGUUCCGUACACCUUCAUUUCUCAAAAAGAGCAAGAAAAAGAAGGAGGAGAAAGAGAAAAGUGAAGCCUGAGGGCAUUUACCAUAAAAGCAAUUAGUAUUUGGCUAGGACACCACCUGAAUUCAGUUCUGAAUUUUCCGCUUGUUAAAGGGGAGUGAAAUAAGAAAAAUGAUUAUCAUUCAGUCAGAAUGUCUCCCAGGACUCUGUCCUUUUUACACAUCUCCCAUCAUUCACAGUUAUUAUUACAUGUGAACGUUUUUUUUUGUAGAUGGUAAAAUGGAUGCUUUUCCCCCCUGAGAAUUUACGAUCGACCACUCCUGAAGGGCUAAGAAAACUAAAAUAAACUACAAUGGUGUGUGGUUGCUAUUACCCAUAUUUUAAUGGGGUAUGAAAUGGAUAUAGAACUACACAUUGUGAUGGUUAUGACAAACAUAAACAGAUUAAACUUGUGUUUUUCUUUUUUUUUUGCACAGUUAUCUCUUGAAUGUAUACGGAAGCUAUGAAAUUGUUUUAACAAUUUUGAAAAAUUUACAAUCACAAGUAGUAGUGUGAUCAUCGAUAUGCUUGGCCUUAUUAGAAGGAUGAUUUUAUCUGAGCUACCUAUAGUUACAUUAUCUUGUAAUAAUAUAUGUUCAUUUAUAUUAUAGGUAUUACAACAUAGUGUUUGAUAGUUUCAUAAAUGAUUUGAUAGUCUACAUACUAACUCAUACUGAACAUGCUGUGAUUGAUAGUAAUAAUUCAUGUUCUUACAUCUGUGUCAUCGGUAUCGUCUCUAUGGUUGCUGCUUCAUUGUAAUAGAGAGCUCAGUAAAGUGAUGAUUUUUUUUUUGCAUAAUGGUGUUAAAUGGUAAAAUCUGACUAUUUCAUAAUGGACAGAAAAUAUCCAGACGUUGGGGUGUUGAAAAUGAAAGUGCGAAGCCUGAAUCACAGAAAGUUGAAUGUGAUGGAUGUUUCGAAUAUUUGGGUUUUUUUUUCCUGAAAAAUGAGUUGAUGGCAAUAUGCAGUGGAAAGCGUUUCUUCAUAGCCACUUUGAGCUUUGAUAUAAAGUAUAUUAGAGGACUUAUAUUAACAUCCCAGUCAAUAAUGUGAAUGAUUUGUUUUGACCCAAAGGGAGUGAACUCUUUGUAAAAAGUUUGUUUUUGUGAGGUUCUAUUGUUACGCUAAACCAAAUGUAAAAAAAAUACAAACAUAGCAAUGUGACAGUACAAUCAAAUAACACUAUUUUAACACUUUGUAUCUUUUUUUUUUUAUUAAACCUAAUGCUCAGUGUUUACAAACUGCAUUAACUUAUGUAACCUGUGUGCCUAGUGCUUGUAUUUCCUCUGUUGUUUACAUUGCUAUUUGUGUACAUUGCAUUACACCUCGCCUCAGUCAGUCCUUUAAAAUUGCCUUCCUUCUGAUGUAAUAAAAGCUGGCAUAUGUUUCCAUAA